UUGCUACUCUACUGUGCAGAUCUGAAUAGCUCAAAGGGAAAAACUUAACUCAGACACCCAGAGAGAAAUACCUUGAUCUUCAGAAUGAGAGUCUUUUACCUUGUUUGGCUUUUUAUCCUUUGGCUGAAUAUGGACAAUUCUUUACAACAGAGUGAUAAAGAAAUAAAAUGUGAACUGACACUGCCACCACUGCAAGGAACCAGGUAUGAACCUGCUCACAGAAAUGUGUUUUCACCUGGUGACACACUGAGAGUCAUAUGUGGACAGAACUACUGGAUUUCUACCCCUAACGACACCUCAGCUUUAACUACAUGCAAAGAGGAUGGAGAGUGGACUGUCACACCAGAAUGCCAAGAGGUUAUAUGCAGCCAUCCACAAGACCCACUUGUGAAUUCCUGGACUGUCUGCUUAGGGCAACAAAUUAGACUGGGUGAGACUGUAAGUUAUACAUGCAAGACAGGCUACAAGGGGACAAGUGGCAUCCCCCGAGCCACAUGCACCAGAGAGGGGUGGAAACCAAAUCCAUUUUGUCAAGAAAUAAAAUGCAACAGACAUGAUAUCCAGAAUGCAGAAAUUGUCAGCAAUAUCAAGGAGAAAUACAAUUUCCAUGAAUAUGCCAGUUAUGUUUGCAAAAAAGGUUAUCAGGGGCAUUUCACUCUGACCUGUACGGAAAGUGGUUGGACUGGGUAUUCACAAUGUACAGCCCAGUGCCCAGCGAUUCAUGUGGACAAUAAUGUCCAGGUGAAUGGGAACCUGGAAGAAGCAAUCUAUGGACAUGUAGUUAGAUUCAGCUGCAAGUCCAGGACUGAAAUGCUGUCUGGGUCACCAGACAUGUAUUGUGAUGAAAAUGGAGAGUGGAAUCGCCCAGCUCCAAAAUGCGAAGCGAUAAUAUGUGCAGUACCCAAUAUUGAAAAUGGCUACGUACCUGGAAAUAUCCAAGGGUACAGAGAACAUGAAGUCCUUCACUAUGAGUGUAAUGCUGGAUAUAAACGUGCUGAAGAGAGACCUUCAAAAUGCACAAAACUAGGAAUAAGACCAGAUCCACUUUGUCAAGAAAUCACAUGCGACAGACUAGAUGUCCCAAAUGCAAAAAUAAUCACCAAUGACAAGGAGACAUACAAAUACAAUGAACGGGCCAGAUAUGAGUGCGAGGAAGGUUAUCGAAGACAAUUUACUCUCACCUGUGGGGAACGUGGUUGGAACGGGAAUACACAAUGCACAGAGAUAACGUGCGACAGAAGGGAAUACAGAAACACAGAGAUAGUUGGGAGCUAUAAGUACGAAUACAGGUACAAUGACCAGGUCCAGUAUAUCUGCAAGAAUGGUCACGAGGGAAGUUUUAAUUUGACCUGUAAGGAAAUAGGUUGGAUCGGAUCUCCAGACUGUACAACAGCGAUUGACAUUUAGAGAACUGAGAUUGAAACAGAUAAGUGCCUGGAGAUAUCCACAGAAGAUGAAGUCCUGUUCUUUUGGUCAGUGGUGGAUCCAGAACAUGCAUUGAUGGGUGGGCCUGGAAAAAUCUGGAUGGGCCUGGGUUUAUUUUGAGCUGAAAUAUGUAUCAAAAUGAUAUGGGGUGAAUAAACCCAUAGUAAAUCUUGUAGUACUCUUUGUUUAUCAUUGUGUUUUCUCAUUGUUUCAUCUGUGUAUGUAGACAGUAUGAAAUAAAGACUUAAAAAAAACCUUAGGUUUUUGAUCCACGGACAAAACAAAAAAUAACAGCAGGUGAAAACAGUAGGUCAGUGUGGAGCAAUGAGGGGAUGUACACUGACUUUUGGUUACUGUUAUCGGUUACUUUUAUUGCCACUUCUGGUUAUGGUUCUGUGCAUUGAAGGCUAUUCUUUAUUCCAUUUCUGCACAUUGUGAUGUGUCUAAGUCAGAUAUGUGACCAAAAAUAUUUGUCUUUAUUUCAAAAGUGAAACGAUAAAUGUUGCUUUUAUGUUUUUACUACAUUCAUUUGCACUUGUUUAUAAUCUGUCAUUACCAAAAACAAGAGAAAAAGGGUUGCGAUAGGCUGCCGAAAAUGUCUUGCCCGCCUAUGUUUCCUGAUUUUAAAAUCUGACCCAAUUGAAUUUGUCACUAAAUAGCCCUGGUUUAAACUUACGUACUUACGUACUUACGUACUUACGUACUUACUUACUUACUUACUAUGAACAUGCUACACAUUUUUUGUUUGUUUGUUUGUUUGGUUUUAAAUAUGAGCCAUAGUUUUAUUUACAUGUAUCAGCCUCAAAAUUACACCAUGAAUUCAUGAAUCAAUUUUCAUGCUCAUCUGACGAUGCUAUUGAAACUGUUUGGUGCCAGUUCCCUCAUGACCAUGUCUAUCUGAGAAGAUAUUCCAGGCUGUGUAACAGUGAUGAUUUUGUAAUUGUUGUGAGGUACUCUUAAAAACUGGUCCGCUUGACUACUUGGCGGACGAGCUGCAUGGUUUUAUCUGUAAUGUGGAGAUUCACUCUGUCAGCUGCCAUGUUUUACCUUCUUAUCAGACCAAUGUAACACUCUGUCUUCAAAUGGAAUUCAAAUAAAACACAUGGAGAAAUGAAAAUAUAG